AUGGCAAAUGUUAAGUGCUAUUUUCUUCUUGUUUUAGGGUCCAUAAAUUGCAGGAACAUGACAACAUUCAAAGUGGAAAGCCCAAAUGUGCAUUACACUUCAGAGUAUAUUGAGAGUAAAUAUACAUAUGAGACUACCAAGGUUGAUUGCAACUCAAAGGGUACCUACAAUGUGAAGCCUGUUGAAACAGUGUACACCUUUCGCACUGAAAGACAUGUUCCAAAAAUUGGAUGUAUGUUAGUGGGAUGGGGUGGCAAUAAUGGCUCCACGAUCACCGCUGCUGUACUUGCAAAUAAACUGGGUUUGUCAUGGAACACAAAACUUGGUGUUAAGGUCAGUUCAGUUUUAGUGUUAAGCUCAGUCUAUUCUGAGGGAAGGAGGGAAGGACCGUUGUAUUAUAUACAGUUGACUACGAAUAACUCAAACCUUCAAGGGGAAUCAUAAAAAAGUUUGAGUUAUCAGGAGCUCAAUGCAAAUAGCCGGAAAUAAGGAAAAAACUAGUUUUUACUAUACAGUGAACAUUUUAAUCACAUUUAAAUGUAGAAAUGUCAAGUGAAAAUGGAACAAUGCUUCUAGAUUAUAAAUCAGAAUGUGAAGUGACAAAACAUAACCUUAGUAAAUAGUAUGCGUUUUACUGUAUUGAAAAGCAGGGUUGUCAAAAAUAUUUUAAGUAGCAGGAGAAUAAGAGAAGGUAGUCGGCAUGUGUUUCCCGGCGGCGCGGGUAGGGAAAGACAUAUCACUAUUGAUAUAAACAGUUCAAUCCAGGUUAGUAGCAGCUGUCAAACAUGGUAGCAUCAAUACUGCACUGUUCCUUAUAGAAUUGUCUUGGCAAGCCCUGAUGAUCUUGAUACAUGCCCCAACCACUUUAACUUGCGUUUCUCUAUCGUGGUUAAGAUAAAUUUAUAGCACUGUGUUUUUCGGCAAAAUUUCCCGUGGGGAAAGGGUUAAAAGUCCUUGAAAAGUUCAUAAAUACUUUAUGGUUUUGUUUUGUUUUUUUGUUUUGUUUUGUUUUCUUUUCUUGUUUUCCUUUCUCUUAUAUUUAUUGUUCUUAAUAAUCAUUUUAUUUUCUUCAUUUUAUUCACAGAAAGCAAAUUAUGUUGGCUCCAUGACUCAAUCUUCUACUGUUUGCCUGGGAACUGGGCCUGGUGGAGAUGUGUAUGUGCCCUUGAAGGAUCUUCUUCCGAUGGUUCACCCCAAUGACAUUGUAUUUGAUGGUACGUUUGACAAGCUACGAUGUAAAUCGUAGACAAUUCAUGAAUGUUACAAGGUAGGAGGUUUAAUUAUGGUAAAAAUCGUAGAAAAAAAUUCGUAAGAAAUUAUUGACUAAUAAUUACUCCAUUAUUUUUUACAAGUUAGGCAAGUAAGAUAUUGAGUUAAAGCAAUACAUUGUGUCAAAAGAUUCCCAUAAGCCCGGUCCAAUAAUAAAGUUAAGACAAUGGAAGUUGAACAAAUUAAGAAGUUAUAAAUUUUCCAUAAUUAGGAAAGCAGUAUUAGUUACACCAAGGGGUUAAUGUGAAGGAACAGCAAGUAUUAAAAAUUUGAUUGGUUUUUGCAGGCUGGGACAUCUCAUCGCUCAACCUGGCUGAUGCCACAGAAAGGGCUCAGGUAUUGGACAGUGGACUUCAGAGGCAACUCAGGCCUUACCUAGAGAAACUAAAGCCACGUCCAUCAAUUUACUGCCCUGACUUCAUUGCUGCCAAUCAGGCUGACCGUGCCGAUAAUGUCUUGUCAGGGACAAAACAGGAAAUGCUGGAACAAAUAAGAAUGGACAUCCAAGAUUUCAAGCAGAAAAACUACCUUGAUAAGGUAACUUACCAUACAGGUCAUUGUAUUGCUGUAAGAGUGGGGAAAAAAGUAAGGUUUCCUUCUUAAGUUCUUGGUGCCAGAGUCUUUUUAUUCAGUUUCCAGUUUUAGUCAAGUCUUAAUAGUAACCUGCUUGAAAAGUUUCCUGACCAGAGCACUUCUGCUUCAAUAUCAACAACCAAUCACAUUUCUGGUCAUGAAGGCUGAUUGGCUUCUAACAACUGCCUGAGUGAUUUUGAAUCUAACAGAGACACUAAUAUCGGUGGACAAAAAUAGAACAAUUCAAACUUUGUUGUCAUUGUAAUGUGUAAUGAAGAAUGACAAUGGCUUAUAGGUGUCUGUUCUUGCAUUAGCGAAAGUUUUUAAACAAGCAUUACGGCAUUGAGUAGUUUAGCAAAAGGCAAACAUUUCAUUUUCUAAGCCAGGGCUUCUGAAUCUGGCAAAUCAGAUAAUUUUUCAUACAAGAUAAGAAUUACUUCACAAAAGUUCUUGUAUGAAUUGGAAAGCUUAUUUUAAUUUAUUUUCUAGUUGUUGCGCCUGUAUAUGCAAAAUAAAAAAACAAUGAUUUCAACAAGGAUAUCUUCACGCACCAGUCCAUGUGAUCACAGUUGGUUCCAUCUGUUCCUCGUUCCAUCUGAUUGGUUUAAAUGUAGUCCGAGAAAAAAGAUCGAAAGAUCGAAGUUCGCCUUGAACGGUAAUUCGUAGCCUUCCGUACCAGAGGUUUUUUCUAACGGCUUCGCUGCUCAUGGUUUCGGCCUGCUUCUAAUGUUGAAAUGUCCUGCUGCAUGCAAGAAAAAACCUCUGGUACCCUGGGUAACCUGUAGAGUUGUUAGGAAAUUUCAGAGCAUAAGGCCCUAUUAAGUGUUCCUAGAUACUGUAAAUCUUCUAUUAAGCCUCCCGUCUCAAAUAAGCCCCUCCUCCCCUUUUACAGGGGAAGAAAGUUAAUAAGCCCCCUCCCCUCCCCCUUAUUAUUCUUUACUAAUAAAUGGUAGGCUGUGUUAAUCAAUAAUGACUGUAAAACUUUGUGUGGACUGAUGGAGGAUUGUUUUUCACCAACUGGAAGUUCGGCUGCAUGACCUCCAACUUCUUGAACUUGAGUUUUUCCACUUUGUAAUAUAGUUCUUUAUGGAGAACAGAUGCCAUUGUCUUUGCUAAAUUAAAUAGGCCCCCAUCUCUAUUAAACCCUCCCUCUCCUGUCAAAUGUGUUUGUAAUUAAUAAGCCCCUUCCCCCCCCCCCCCCCCCCCCCCCCCGCCUUUUUUUUAUUUUUUAUAUUAUAAAAUUAUUUUUUUUCCCCUUCCCCCCCUUUCUUUUUUUUUUUUUUUUUUUUUUUUGGGUUUUGGGAAAAAUUUUAAAAAUUUUGGUGUUUGCAAAAAAAUUAAAAUUUAAGACAAAAUAUUAAUUUAAAUUUUGGCGAAGUUGUGGAAAAUGGAAAAAACAAUUUUUUUUGGGGGGGGAUUUGUGGGGGGUGAAUAAAGGGCUUUUUUGGGGGUGGGGGGGGGGGGGGGAGAAUUUGUUUUCACCCAAUGGGAGGUGCUGCUCGAGUCCCCCCACUUUUUUUAUUUUGGUUUUUUCCCUUUUUUAAAAUUGUUUUUUUGGGAAAAAAGAGGCCUUUUUUUUUUUAAAAUAAAAAGGCCCCCCACCCUAUUAAACCCCCCCCCUCCCCUUAAAAUUGUUUUUAAUUAAAAAACCCCCUCCCCCCCCCCCCCCCCCUUCAGGUGGUGCUUAAUAUAAGAUUUACGGUAAUUAAAUUACUUGAGUUCCCCCUUCACCCUUGUGAUUUGUUUUUGAUUUUCUGGGAAAGAGGGUGGAUAGGGCUAGAAUUCCUUUUUCAUGGAACCAAUAUGCUGUAAUUGAAACAGUUAGGUGUCUCAGGAUGAUCUCAGAAGUUUAUUCGCCUCAUCAAACAUGAUUUUUUGGGUGUCAGAUGGACUGCUUGUUUAAAAAUGCAACACUGAUUUAAACUAUGAUCACAACUAUAAGAAUUCUCAUAAAGAACUAGCCUUUGAAAUUUCCUCAUGCCAAAUUUAUUUAGUCAUUUAUUUAUUUUUUCGUGCACCUAAUGUGACCUCCUGGAACUAAGGGGAUCACUCAUGAUCAUAUUUCAUCUGCAGUUUGCGAAUGUAAUAACUUUAUACAGUUUUUCACAUAUACCCAUAUUUAAUCUUGUUAAGCUAUUCAAAUAUAAAUUCACUACUCUUUAUUUUUACAAUAACUAACAACAAAAUUCUUUCACUCCCUUGAUUCUCUUGAAAUAAUUUAAUGUAUUUUCUAAAUGUGUUUCAAAAGGAAGGCUUAUUGCACUCAGUACAUUACUGUAUUUUCAUGUCUUAGGUGAUUGUUCUGUGGACGGCAAAUACAGAGCGGUUUUGUGAUGUACAGGAUGGCCUUAAUGACACUGCUGAGAACCUCUUGAACUCCAUUGCUCGGAAUGAGGAAGAGGUUUCUCCAUCAACUAUCUUUGCUGUUGCUAGCAUCUUGGAAAAGGUAAAUGAUGGUUUCUUUCCAUUUGAAAAUGGGAUUUAUUCAGUGAAAUUAUUAACACUUUUUUUUCUAUUUGCAGUGUUCCUACAUAAAUGGCUCACCUCAGAACACUAACGUCCCAGGUGUCAUUGAUCUUGCUAAGAAGUACGGCACAUUUCUUGGUGGGGAUGACUUCAAGUCUGGGCAGACAAAGAUGAAAUCUGUGCUUGUUGACUUCUUAGUUAGCGCUGGUAUAAAGGUAAUGAUAUUUACACCACUCCUUCAGAAGGCUUUUGGGUUUAUUAUCUAGAACAUUGUUUUUCUUGGCAACCUUUUUCUGCAUUUAUCAGAGGGUUCACUCUUUAAUUGACUCAUAUGGGCAUCUUUUUUGUCAUCAGAUGACAGUGCAUUGAUAUGUUUUAGAAUAAUGACAAAAUUCCUUUUCUUUUCUCAAAAACAGUUUUUUGCUUUUGUUUGUUUGUUUGUCCUGCUCAUGAAAAUUAACUAUUAAAUUUUUUUAUGGUACAUGAAAUUUAGGCUUAGUUUGCAUUGCUUUACGUUGCUUGAGCUCGUGAAGUGUUCUCCUCCCCACCCCGCCCUCCCUUUGGUAAGUAUAAUGGUAAGUAUGGUAAGAAACCACAGGUUAAGCUCAUUGUGGCAUGUAGUGCCUGGGUGGUGACUACUACUCACAGAGUUAUGCAUUUGGCUACAACACUUGGCCCCUCCAGCCUCUAAGGCGCUCCCCUCAUGCUCAUUGUGGUUAACAGGCCAACUGCAUGCAUAGCCAAUGUUGACAUGGCUGUAUGCAAAAAAUAAUUUAAAGAGGAUAUGUCACCUGGAUAUUGCUGUUUUAGGUCACUUCUGUGCUGAAAUCAUUACUUAGUGCCUUAACCCAUACACAAAAUGCCGCCAUAGCUAGGAACGAGAUAUCAAAGAUAAUUAUAACAAUUUCUUUAGGGAGCAUUAACCAUAACUUAAAGUUUCGAUCGAAGCCUAGCCGUUGAAAAAGACAACAGGAAACAGUUUCAAUGCCUGAAUACUGGACCGUUGUUUCUAGAAUUCAAUUGAUGCCAAAAAAUUUUUUUAACUUUCUAAAAAGAUAGCAAAUGGCGUGACAUAGCCCCUUUAGCCCUUUAAGCCCCAAUAUCCACAUACAAAUUCUCCAAACUGAUCUCCAUACAUUUCCUUAAAAAAUGAGUUGAGAGAAUUUGAUAAAAGAUCAAGGCAUUUUCUCUUAGGUGAUCAUUUAAUUAAUUCUCAUAACCUCAUCUCAUGAUAAUGUAUGGAUAUCGUUAGGAGAAAAUUGCUGUUGGUCACUAUUGGGACUUAAAGGGUUAAGUUGGUCUUAGCUAUUAACUGUAGGCCACUGAUAAAGCAUAGCUUUGCAUUAAAUCUAUCACUUCACUUUUCUUGCAGCCUGUUUCUAUUGUCAGCUACAACCAUCUAGGAAAUAAUGAUGGGAAAAACCUGUCAGCACCACAGCAGUUCAGAUCCAAAGAGGUAAACUUUACUAGAUCCAAAAAUUAAAUACGACUUUUAGGCUACAACACAAACAUAUACCAUUCACGCAUGCAGAGAACAAUAUGUAAUUGCCCAAACUUACCCUCUCCCCCACUACCACCCCCUUAAACUGUAGCAUCCACUCCUCAUCAGUUUUAUUAUAAUUGUUGUUGUUGUUGUUUUUCAGUUAAAUUAACAUAACCUAGAAUUUGUAAAAGUUCAUUUUUGCCACACAGUGGUAAAUUUAAACUUUGACUUGGAUAUUAUGGUCUUGGUUAUCCAAGUCAAAGUUGAAAUUGACUACUGAAAAGCAAAAAUGAAAUUUUACAAACUCAAGAAUUUGCUACAAGGAUAAAAUAAAAAUUUCCUAGUGUUUCUAUUUCCAUUUCGAUGCUUAUCCUUUAUAUUCUCCUAAUUUUCUAACAGAUUUCCAAAAGUAAUGUGGUAGAUGAUAUGGUUGAAUCUAACCACAUUCUCUACGAGGAAGGAGAGAAGCCAGACCAUUGUGUUGUCAUUAAAUAUGUUCCUUAUGUGGGCGACAGCAAGCGGGCUUUAGACGAGUACACUUCCGAGAUAUUCAUGCAUGGCCUCAACACUAUUGUCCUCCACAACACAUGCGAGGUAUGUCAGUCAUUCAUGGCUUUGCCAAUUGGUAGUUAAUAUCCAGAUAUGUUUGAUGUAAAAUCUGAAAAAAUAAAGAUGCCUUUUUUAUUGGUGUGGGCGUUUGGUGAACAUGAACUAAAAUUAAGAGGCUACAUGUACAUUCUUUUAUUAUGUUUCAUCCCAUGUAAGGAAAUCCAGAAUCCAGGAAAUGUUUGUUUGUGGAAUCCAGAAUCAAUGAGAUUUUUCUUGUAGAAUCAGGAAUCCUGGGUUCUGGAAUCCAGAAUUCCACUAACGAUUGGAAUCUGGAAUCCAAGUUCUACCGACAAAAAAUCCUGAAUCCAGUUCAUGGAAUAUGGAAUCCAUGGUGUUGAAUCCAAAAUCCAAUACUGUCUUGCAUCAAAAUUUGGAUCUUAAGAGAGAGAUUUUUUUUAGGUUUCUGAGACCACCUACUUACUGCAAUUAUCAGAAAACCUAACAUUUCUUCAUUAUUGAUAUUAAUAAUUAUGUAAAACUGUAAAAUUCCGAAAAUAAGCCCCAGGGCUUAUAUUUUUCAAAGGCCCUUUUUGAGGGGCUUAUAUUCGGAGGGAAUUUGUGUCUCAAAAUCGAUUGGGCUAGCCAUAUAGUUGGAAGUAAACCUACCGUUUUUGCUUUGUUUUUCUCUGUAUUUGAGGGCAAUUUUCCAAUUACAAGCUGCCGGGGGCUUAUAUUUGGAGGAGCGAUUUAACAGAGGGUUUUUUAAGUUACCGAUUUGGGGGGCUUAUACAUGGAGCGGCUUAUUUUCGGAGUUUUACGGUAUUUAAUUGAAUGGUUUAUCUGGUACAGGACUCUCUUUUGGCUGCGCCAAUCAUCUUGGACUUGGUUAUCCUGUGUGAAAUCUGUGAAAGAAUCAAGUUUAAAGUAGAAGGUGAUCAAGAGUUCCAGUCGUUCCAUCCAGUUCUUUCUCUUCUUAGCUACCUUCUUAAAGCUCCACUUGUACCUUCUGGCACACCAAUUGUCAAUGCACUCUUUAAGCAAAGAAGCUGUAUUGAAAACAUCUUUAGGUAAGUGAUCUGGUGUAAAGAACCUAGGCCCCCUCUAUACAAGAACAUGUGUAGCCUAAAAUUUGGAAGAGAUGCGUAUUUUCUAAGAUCUAUUUUUAAAAAAAUCUGUACAUUUCUGUUCAAAAGGACUUCGAAAUUCAUGUGGUCCGGUGCUUCAGUCUUUCUUCUAAUCAGUCAUUUUUACAGAAAAUGCUAAUUUGGUAUGCCGAUUUUAUACAAGGAAUGAGCUGAAUACCACAAGAUACUCAGAUCUAGCAUGAAUUUUUUUUCCUUCAGAAAAUAAGAAUCUAUUUAAGAACCUAAAUUGCCUAAAUUUGUGCUAAUUACCAUGCUAACUUGGGAAAAUACAGGUUCUUAUUAGCGGGGUUUUACUGCAUGCGAUGUACUUUGUUUCUGAUUAAAUGUUUUUCUGCUUGCCCAGGAUUAUCUCAGUGGGUGGAGCGCUUGACUGCACAGCGAAAUAUCGCGCUUUCAGGGCUGGACUAAUACUCGGGGUCUACCUUUGUACUGUAAAAAGACUAGACCUUCCUUUGGCUGGGGUGCCCGAAUCCAGGAGUUUAAAAAAGUUAUUUUCUUCUCUUUGGCAUAGCUGGUUUGACAACCAGUCAUUUGUUUGUGGCGGAGGAUUAAUACAAUAAAUAAAUAAAAUAAUACAUAAAAGCCAAUUGUAACCUCUGUGCCGUACAUUUAGAACACUUUUUUACAGGUAGACAAUUGUAAUUUAACAAACUAUUGAAUGCACCUUGUAAGUAUCGUAAGAAACAAAUAGACUUUGUAGAGAACAAUCACCUUGAUAUUGGAAUCCUAAGAAAUUAAUAUGUGGCGUGGUCUGUUUCAGGGCUUGCGUUGGCUUGAAGCCGCAAAAUCACAUGUUGUUGGAGCAUAAACAUUCCAGGGAAGUUGUUCAUUCCACAAAAAUGGAGAAUGGUCAUGCUCAUAUUAUAUCUCAUCUGCAAAACGGAAUCAAAACACACGGCUACAUCAACGGAGAAGUAAAUGAAAACGACUACAUCAACGGACAAACAAAAGACUUGAAACACGCCUAUUUGAAUGGCACAGGUCGCAUUUCACAAGUGAACUGA